CGCACAAGGAAGGUCCCUUCUUCAUACUCACGCACUCAAGUCAUCUUUACGCGAAGAAACUCCAUCACAGAUAUAUGGGCAGAGCUAUUGUAUCAGGUUGUAUCAAGACUUCUAUAAUAAAUCCAGACCCUGCAAAUAAGGUACUGGCAGACUGAGCUUUGCUGCCAUGGAGGGCAAUCACAGUGGCUUUGCUGGGAGCACACAGCCGUCAGUGUCAGGAGAACAGACAGUUGGACACAUCUAUGAGGUUGCCGUGCAGAACAGCUCCACCAACCGCACCUCCCAGUUUGCAGAUGUGGCCCUGCUGCAGACGUUCAAGCCUCUCAUGAUCCCCUGCUAUGUGCUCGUUGUGGUGGUGGGCAUCUUUGGGAAUUACCUGCUCCUCUAUGUCAUUUGUCGAACCCGCAAAAUGCACAACGUCACCAACUUCUUCAUCGGAAACCUGGCCUUCUCUGACAUGCUCAUGUGUGUGACCUGCGUCCCUUUCACCCUCGCCUACGCCUUCAACCCGCACGGUUGGACUUUUGGCCGCCCGAUGUGCUAUCUGGUGUUCCUCAUCCAACCAGUCACAGUCUACGUUUCAGUCUUCACGCUCACUGCCAUUGCUGUGGACAGGUAUUACGCAACAGUUCAUCUCAUGAAGAAGCGCACCUCUGUGGCCACCUGUGCCUCCGUGCUCACCGGCAUCUGGCUGCUGUCCUGCGGGCUGGUGGCUCCGGCAGUCGCCCACACGUACCACGUGGAGUUCAAAGGGGAAGGCUUCACCAUCUGUGAGGAAUUCUGGUUGGGUCAAGAGAAAGAAAGACGCGCUUACGCAUACAGCACCCUGCUGGUCACGUAUGUCCUGCCCUUGUCCGCUGUCUUUGUCUCCUAUCUCUGUAUCACCGUCAAACUGAGGAAGUGUGUUGCGCCAGGCCACAGGACACAAGACCAGGCGGGAGCUCAACAAGCUCGCAAGAGAAAGAUCUUUCGCCUGGUCGCACUCUUGGUGUCUGCCUUUGCGGUGUGCUGGCUUCCUAUUCAUGUGUUCAAUGUGCUGCGAGACAUUGACAUUCACCUCAUUAACAAGCGCUACUUUUUACUCAUCCAACUGCUGUGCCACCUGUGCGCCAUGAGCUCAUCUUGUUGCAACCCGUUCCUCUACGCAUGGCUACACGACCGCUUCCGCACCGAGUUACGGAAGAUGCUUAAGUGUCAUUAUCGCAUUGGAGUGCCUGCUAAUCACUGCGCCGCCAGCGUGAUCUUGUGAUUACCCGGUGAAUCCUUUGACAUUAUUUCAGUGUAAUUUGCCGAUUCUUGAGUACAAGUGGAGACAGUGCGCUGUGGAGUUCAUCCUCUGGCACCCUGUACAAUUCACAGAAACGUUCGUGGAAAUCCAGCCAUUAGUUUAGUAAAUGUUGUGUAGGAAGACAAUCUAUUGGCUCUUUAGGAGAGGUCAAUCUGUAAAAUAAAAUCGAAAUCUAAAUAAAAAAAGUAAAGAUUUUGGCAGGAGUCAAUUGGUGUUCAUCCUCUGUGGACCAUGAACUUCAAUACAUUGUAUUGCAAUCCAGCCAUUAGAUAAAGGUCCAGAGCCGAAAGGGUUCAUCUCCUCAGAAUCCAUGAGAGUGCCCGAUGCCCAGUAAAAUCCAUGGCAAUCUGCCAAUUUCAUCAAUAUAAGCAUGUUGUCACGAAAUAAAGGGUCACUUGUAACAUUCUGACUUAUCCUCUGGGGACAAUUAAUAUCAACAGCAGAUUUCAGGAAAACCAGGCCGUUAAUCUGUUAGAUUAUUAUAAAAAAAAACAGCCUGGCCAAAAGAUACCAGUUUAUACAAAUGUAGUUCUCUCAGUAGCUAAUUAAACAUUCACAAAUUGUGCCAAUAAAACUGAGAAAGAAGAGACGAGGUCUUAAGCAUUUCCUUUAAUUAACAAAUGAAUGAGGAUACUUUUUUUAAAAUUACCUUUAAAAAAAGCUAGAUAGCGGUUAAGCAUGUUGAACAAAGUGUAGCUGUAUUGGAUAUGAAUACAAGCUGUGCCAGUUCAAAUUGUGUUUGGGAAUGGUAACUGCAGAUGUGGUUGUUUCCACUAAUGGUGUGGCGCUCCUUUCUGUGGAAUGAAUUACAUUCAUUAGCCUGUUCCCCUGGGCAUUCAUUUUCUUAAAGCCUGUAGUGGAUAAAUAUGCACCUCAGCAUUAUAAUUCAUUAAAUUAUUUCUGAUAGCAGUGUAUAAUAGCUGUAAAAAAAGAAAAGAAAAUCAUUGUGUGGUGGUUGGCUCUGUGUUGCUUUGUGUCCUCUGCUUACGUUUCUAUUGCUUCUUGAGAUUUUAUGCAAAAUCAGCAAGAUUGAUUUUUAUUUUCACUUCCAUUAUUUAGUUGCCAUUAUAGCCGUCAAGUCACCUAUUCUGUAUACACGUGUCUCCUUCCUGCAGACAGAUUUAUCUUUGCAGCAGUGAUAACUCGACAAAAUCAACAAGUUUCAAGUGCUACUGUCAUUAUUUGACCUCCACCGCAGCAGAAUGUAAAACACAUGUGCCUUUACUUUUGCUCUUUUCAAAUCAACCACUGAUUGCAUGAAGGGACUCUGUGAUUACAUUUUUUUUGGGUGCACACACGUUUUACGGCGUAUUGUCUUGUAACUUCCUGUGUAAACUGUGUAUAGGAUUUGUGAUGUAACGUUCAUAACAUGUAUGUUCUCUGAUCUGUUGCCUGUUCUAAC